AUGCAGCGCUGCAAGAAUGGACAGCCGGAUGACAUCGAAGUACCGCGAGAGCGAGACGAAAUUAGACUUCGUAUGAUUUCUCUAAUCGGUCACGCGCUGGAUCGCCUUGAAGCUGUUGGAUACUACCCCAUAUUACUUUUGGGGAGUAAAAAAAAAUCAACAUUUACUGCAGAUGUAAUCAGCAGCAUUGGGCUGAAUCUUCACGAGGAGCUUCUGGGAAAGCUGAAGGAGGUCUUUGGGUCAAUCCUGAAGUUACACUCUCGAAAUCUGGAGAAGGAGAAGGCAGCUGAAGUUGAAGACAGUAUCCCUGCUAGGGAGUCAGCUGGUCAGGAAGAGGAUAUGAUGGAGCAAGGUCCUUUAGAAUCUGACACUGUGGUGCUCACCCUUACCCCAUGUGUGGAGGAAAAUGAGUCUGACACUGUGGUGCUCACCCUUAACCCAUGUGUGGAGGAAAAUGAAUCUGACACUGUGGUGCUCACCCUUAACCCAUGUGUGGAGGAAAAUCAAACUGUGUGUGAGGAUUCUGCUGGACCAGAUGCUGCAGUGACAGAAUCCACAAUGGAUGUUGCUGAAUGUGAAGACAUGGCACAAACAACAUUCAGUGGUGAUUUGGUUCAGCAUGCAGAGCACGUCAAGGACACCAAAAACACAGAAGUUGUCCCAAAAAAGAAAGGGAGAAAAAGUUGUCAAAAGACACAUAAGUCUGCCAUGCGAGGAAUGUGCAGAGCGGACAUCGUCCGGAAACUUUCUUUAUUCAAAGAUCCUAAAAAAAGAGGGGAUCUGCUGGAUCGCCUUGAAGCUGUUGGAUACUACCCCAUAUUACUUUUGGGGAGUAAAAAAAAAUCAACAUUUACUGCAGAUGUAAUCAGCAGCAUUGGGCUGAAUCUUCACGAGGAGCUUCUGGGAAAGCUGAAGGAGGUCUUUGGGUCAAUCCUGAAGUUACACUCUCGAAAUCUGGAGAAGGAGAAGGCAGCUGAAGUUGAAGACAGUAUCCCUGCUAGGGAGUCAGCUGGUCAGGAAGAGGAUAUGAUGGAGCAAGGUCCUUUAGAAUCUGACACUGUGGUGCUCACCCUUACCCCAUGUGUGGAGGAAAAUGAGUCUGACACUGUGGUGCUCACCCUUAACCCAUGUGUGGAGGAAAAUGAAUCUGACACUGUGGUGCUCACCCUUAACCCAUGUGUGGAGGAAAAUCAAACUGUGUGUGAGGAUUCUGCUGGACCAGAUGCUGCAGUGACAGAAUCCACAAUGGAUGUUGCUGAAUGUGAAGACAUGGCACAAACAACAUUCAGUGGUGAUUUGGUUCAGCAUGCAGAGCACGUCAAGGACACCAAAAACACAGAAGUUGUCCCAAAAAAGAAAGGGAGAAAAAGUUGUCAAAAGACACAUAAGUAUUUGGAACGUCUUGGCCCUUUGCUGUGCUUUUCUUGCAAAAAAAGCGAGACAGAGAUCAGAGAUCAAGUGAUCAAAUAA